UUUUCUUCUUCUAUUUUUCCUCCCUAUUUUCUUUUUAUUCUUAGAAAUUCUUCAUUCAAAGCCAUUUGCAUAAUGUCCUUUUUCUUGAACACUCACGUUCUGGUAAUUGUUCUUGAUUUGAUCGCCUUCAUAUGCUAAAGGUUAAGGGAUUUUUAAAUGUUGUCCAUGGUGAUGAGAUCUAGGAAUAUUUUUCUUUUUCAACUUUCUCCAGGUCUUUGAAUAUAUUUUCUUUUUGAAGGGCACCUAUGUGUUUUGUUUGUGAAUAUUCCUAAGCAUGCCGAUAAGAUCUAAGAUUGUCUCCUUUAGAGUUCACGAUGUCCCUUUGUCUUCAGCAAAUUGGUUUAUGUACGAGAUUUCUAGGAAAUUUCUGCUGUAGACGAUGAGACGCAACAUAGAUAAGGGGCUCCUGGUGGUUGUAGCUGCAACCACCACUGCUCAUUUCAUCAAGUUGUGGCAGUGGAAUGGCAGAGAAAUUGGGUGCUGCUGGAUUCAUUAUCUGCUCCAAAUGGCCAAGAAUGUUGAUUUUGUCACCCCUUCACAAGGCUGCAACCACCAUUGCCCAUUUCAUCAAGUUGUGGCAGUGGAAUGGCAGAGAAAUUGGGUUCUGCUGGAUUCAUUAUCUGCUCCAAAUAGCCAGGAAUUUUUAUUUUGUCACAUUUCACAAGGGACAAUGUGUUCCAUGGUCAAAACUAUGCCCUCAUUCCGUUCAUGCUUUCCAGAGGCAAGAUCUACAGAUUGUAGCCCUUUACCGCAUAUAAGUCAUGCAGCACAACCACUGCCAUCACUACCAGAAGCUGCCUCAAGUAACCAGCACUUUACAUUUCAACCUGAUGUCGUAAUAGACAUUCCCACUGCAUAUGGAUAUUAUAUAAGUAAUGUACCAAAUGAACGUCCUGGUGUUAGUAACCAAGGCCGGGAUGAAUAUGGAAGUUCACCUCUUGCUGCUGCUGUGCAUUCAGGGGAAGUUAGCAGUGGUUUCAGGACUUAUGCUCCUCUGUAUCUUGCUGCACUCAGUGGUGACUGGGAUGUUGCCGAGAGAAUCUUUGAGUCAGAUCAUCAGGCUGUGAGAGCAAGGAUCACAAGGGCUCAAGAGACACCUCUUCACAUUGCAGCUGGGGCUAGACACCUAACCUUUGUUGAGAACUUAGUAAGGAUGAUGACCCCAGCUGACCUGGCACUACGGAACAAAGUUGGAAACACAGCCCUAUGUUUCGCUGCUGUAUCUGGUGUGACAAAAAUUGCAGAAGUGAUGGUAAACAAGAAUAACAGAUUGCCACUGAUCCGAGGUAGUGAAGGAGCAACACCUCUCCAUAUGGCUACUUUGUUGGGCCACAGAGAGAUGGUUUGGUAUCUUUAUAAUAAGACAGAUAGCAACCGUCUAACAGAUAGCAACCGUCUAACAGAUGAAGAUCAUCAUGGGCUUCUUAUUGCGGCUAUCACUUCUGAUCUAUUUGAUGUAGCCUUGAAGAUAGUUCAGAAACAUCCUAAAAUAGCUACAGCUCGAGGGAGAAAUGGAGAGACUGCUCUUCAUAUACUGGCCCGGAAGCCUUCAGCAUAUCAGAGUGGAAGUCAGCUAGGAUUUCUGCAGAGAUGCAUUUAUGCAUGUCUUCAUGUGGAAUUGUCAGGCAACUCUUCUGUGAUCCAUAAAGUUCCCUUCAUCAAGGUAGUUUAUGACCAAAAAUUGAUGCAUAUUCAAGCCCUUGAGCUGGUGAAGUGCCUCUGGAGUGAAGUUCUUUUAAUGAAUGAGUUACAGGUUGGAGAACUGAUUAGAACACCUUCACGGUUAUUAUUUACUGCUGCAGAAUUGGGAAUCGUAGAGUUCUUAAUUGAGCUUAUUCAUGCAUAUCCUGAUCUUAUUUGGAAAGUUGAUACACAAAGUCGGAGCAUAUUUCAUAUUGCAGUUGUGCAUCGACAAGAAAAGGUUUUCAAUCUCAUACAUGAAAUAGGAGCACUCAAAGAUUUGAUAGCAUCUUAUAGAGAUGAAAACAAUAAUAAUAUGCUUCAUUUGGCUGGAAAACUUGCACCAUCAGAUCGACUCAAAACUGACUCUGGUGCAGCAUUGCAGUUGCGGCGAGAAUUACAUUGGUUUAAGGAAGUGGAAAAAAUUGUCCAACCAUUGUAUAGGGAAAUAAGAAACUCUGAAGGAAAAACUCCUCAGACUCUAUUCAUGGAGGAGCACAAGGUAUUAGUACGAGAAGGGGAAAAAUGGAUGAAAGACACUGCAGCAUCCUGCAUGCUCGUUGCAACACUCAUUGCGACUGUAAUGUUUGCUGCUUUUUUCACAGUUCCAGGCGGCGACAAUGGUAACACUGGCAUUCCUAUCUUUCUAAAAAGAAGGUCUUUCACAGUUUUUGCCGUAUCGGAUGCCCUGUCAUUUGUAUCCUCAGCCGCUUCAAUACUGAUGUUUCUCUCCAUCCUUACUUCACGCUAUGCUGAAGAAGAUUUCCUCCACUCACUACCUAAUAGGUUGACAAUUGGGCUUGGGACUUUAUUCAUCUCUGUAGCAACCAUGAUGAUAGCAUUUUGUGCUACCCUUUUUCUUGUUUUGGGCCAUGGACUUCAUCAGGCAAAAAUUCCAAUUGCUUUGGUUGCUUGCAUUCCUGUCAGCCUGUUUGCUUUACUACAAUUUCCCCUAUUUGCAGAUAUGGUCAGUUGCACCUAUGGCUCUAGAAUGUUUUUCGGUCCAAGUAGACAUUUGUUGCACUAGAUUGGAAUAACACGAGUUCUUGAUUGUAAACUGUAUGAUAUUUGAACUUUAUGACCAGGGCCAUGGAGGAAUAAUAUAUGUAUUAUUAUUCCCAAUUAUCAUAAUCUUUGUCUAAGCCUCAAGCAAUGGGCCUCAUAGGCUUGUUCAUGUACAAUCUAAAGUGGGAAUUACUUCAAAUUGCCCCCUGAAAUAAUAUCAGAUAGCCAGAUCUAUGACUUUCUGUUCAA